AUGAGUUACGAAGCAUUUUGUUUAAUCCCUUAUGAUGAUGCAAGUCACAAUGAAUGUUCCGAACUCUACAAUACAGUUAGAUACAAGAAAUCCGAGGCAAUUACAGAAAAACAACUCAAAUUUGAUAAAACUUAUAUAAAGUUUUAUGUAAUUGACUCUUCUGACACUUUUUAUCCGUUAUUGAAGUUAAAUACAGUGUCAGAAAGAGAAAUAGAGAUAAAAGGAUACAACAUCACGCAGAGGAUAUCAAUAGAGAUCGAAAAAUGCAAAGAAUUGACAUUGUUAAAUGUCGAUGUAAAUUUGACAGAUUCAGUGUCAGUUUUUGAUGUCAAAAAUAUGAAUAUUUUCUGGGAUGCGUCAUUCUAUCUCAAUGGAAAGAUAAACUGCAAAGAAGUAACUGUAUUUGACUCUUCUUGGAACUUGAUACAGAAAAUGAAUCAAAAAACAAACGUGACAUUGUGUUCUGAAAGAGAAGUGAAGUCAAUUUGUUGUUAUGACAAUUAUUUCACAGUUACAACAGUAUUUACUAGUUGUAAGUUCGAAUACGAUGUUCUCAAUGAUCUAACAUUGAUUCUUGAUCAUGCAACGAACAUCAAAAUCGAUUGGGGAGGAAGUAAAACUGCAACAAUUCCGUUUUUCCUUGGAAUUAAUGUGUUCGAUAAAAAUGGUGACAUAAAAGUGACAUUUUCAAACCGCUGGUCAUUUAGUAAUGUUAAAUCUCUUAGACAAGGAUACUUAGAUAGUCAUGGUACUGAAAUUACUAUCUCUAGUGAUUACUGGAGCUAUCCAAGUCAAGUUUUCGAUAUGAGCGGUUAUUUGAAUGUCAGAAAAAAGGGAAGUUACUGCGCAAUUUCAAACAACGAUAAAGAUCAAGAAUAUUGUCCUGAUACUUACACAAUAUUGACAUUCGAUGAGUUCAAAUUGGCAAGCGAAAUGAUGCCAAGUAAUGAUGAACAAAUAACUAUUUGCGUCGUUGAUAAUGAUUUCGAGUUUCCGAAAUCAAUUUUCCAAAAUUUUGUCACUUUAUUUGCCAACAAAAAUAAAAAUGUCAAAAUUUAUGAUGAUGACGCAAAAAUAAUGACAAAUAUUAAUGAAUUACAUUUAACAGCAAUUAGUGUUAUUAAUGAAGCCACAAAUUUCAAACUUAAUAACAUUGUUUUGACUGAUUCAACAUUUUCAGGAAAUCAAAUUUCCACAAGUAAUUUAACAGUCAAAAAUCCAACAGAAAUCUUUAACCACAACACUGUUAAGAUUACUAAUACAUUGACAUUGUAUAACAGUGGUAAAUCCAUUACUUUUGGAAAGGAUUCGUUCAUUAUCAAUGAUUUCGAAAUGAAAUACUCAAUUUGUCCUUCAUUUAAAGUUUAUACUCUUGACUUAAAUGAAUCAACAUUGACUCUCAAGGCAAAUACAAAAGAAACAAAUAAUCUCCCUGAUUUUUAUUUUACUUUAACAAACACUUUGACAUUUGAUGAUUCUCUUUAUUAUUUGCAGUCAAGAAGAGUUGCAAAGCUUCUUUUCAUUUCAAAUCAUAAUGAGAUUCAUACAAAUUACAAAGUUUUGCCAAAAAUCUUUGAGUUAAAGACGAAUCCUAAUGGUUUUUACCAUGUGAAUUAUGGUACAAAGGAACCACCAUUUGAUUAUACACCAAUUCCAACAAAAUCAGUACCAACUGCUACAGAAAAACCAACAGUAAAUCCAACUGAUAUUCCUCCAAUAACUUCAACAAAUUCUCCUGUUGAAAAAGGUAAGAAACCAAAGACAUUUUUCAUGAUUUCUAUUUUGAUUGUUACAGCAGCAUUGAUUUACUUGAUUUACAACUUGUUGAAGAAAUGGAGAAAGUUCGAUGUUUAUAACAAUAGAUUUGAAGUUUCUAGUGAAUAUUUAGAUCGUAGAGAUCAUGUAAUGACUUUUAUUUAA